UGGAAAUGAUUACACUGGAAAUUAUCUUACUACUUGCCAAAUGUAAUUUUCUAUAUAAAAAAAUUAGUAAGUAUUGAGAAUUUCCUUUAGUCUCCCUUGCAAGCAAUGCUCUAGUCUUUUCUGAAGGUCAAGUUUAUAGGGGUUUAGCCCCUUAAUCUUUAUUUUUGUUGUAUUUGAUAGAGUUCUCCUAAGCUUUGUGCCAAGUUUAGUUUUCAGCCAGACCUUCGGUACUGAGUAUAAGUCUUCAGAAAAUAGGGUUUCUGUCAGAAAUCCAUGCACACAUUCACUGUAGCUGCUCUGCUGGGUAUAACCAUACUAGUCAGGCUCUCCUGUAUGUCUAGAAUCAGCAGGGAAAUGCUUUUCAAUUGUAGCCCACAUAUGUUUUUAAGCAGAAUUUCUUCUGGUAGUACUAAUAUUCCCAAUACGAGAUUAUUAGUCAUGUUUUCUAGGAGUAAAUGUAUGAUUUUACCAGCAUCCAUCGUAAUGAUAGAUCUGCAGAUAGCCUUGGGUUCUCAUUUGGCAUGUUUGUUAAUAACUAUGGUGGAAUUCCAGCAAACUGUACACAAUUUAUUUCUGGUGGAUUUUCCUUUAGAAAAACAAAUAGCUGCUCCAUCCAUCUGUCUGCCUCCAAGUUGUUGCACAGGACUCAUUUCAAAUUAUCACCAGCUCUGGAGCCUUCUUUGCCUUCCUCUCUCUGCCUCUGCAGGCCCGUUCUCUCCCUUCUCUCAGGAGCUGGAGGGGAGCAGCUGGCUUCUGGUACCAGCCAAGAAGAUGAAGCUGCAGAGAAAAGUCAGGAAAUGUGUCCAGUAAUAGGCCUAUUGUCAUCAUUCUAUAUUUUCUUUUCUUUUUCUUUUAUAUCAGGAUACAUAGAAUUUAAAAUAAUAUUAAUAAUAAAAAGAAUCAGGCCACUGAUGGCUUGGCAGAAAGAUCAGUCAUGUUGUUGGAGUAUAAGUUUUUUCAAAUACUAUUUGAGAAAGUUUCUAUUAAAAUUUGAAAUAGAAUGGAAAAAAGUGAAAAAAUAAAUGCAGUUUUAAUUCAGAUUAGAGGUUCCGCAACUUUGAGUAAAUUGAAAUCCAAAUUUAGAUUCUUUAAUACAGUAACAUCUAUGCAAAAUUUAAAAAGAUAAGCAAUGCAUUUUUCCCAAAAGUGUUGAAGAAAUUAGGUUAACUGGUCUAGGCAGAAAACAAAGCUAAUAAGCAUUAGCAAUUUAGAAAAAACAUAAAUUUCAAGUGUGCUCUUAAUACUUGAGACAUGGACAUGAGUAAUUAAGGACAAAGAAUCUCAAGGAUGCUUAUAAAAGAGACAAAAUUAUUCCAGGGAAGCCUACCUAAUUUGGGUGAACUAGAGAGAGCAGACUCAUUGGAAUUAUGUGCUGUUUCAUUUCAAAGAAGGUUUUACACAUUGAAGUAUACACAAUAGUAUAAAUUUGUGGAUGAUAAACACCUCAACAACAACAACAAAAACCUUCUUGAUCCUGCAUCACGAUCCCUGAUUCUGCCCUAGUAAUUUUACUCUAAGUUGAUUCACAGUGGAAGGAAUUAUAAAAGUUUGACCUUUUACCAUCCUAAGCAACUUGUAUUAAUUUAGGAAACAGUGUAUUCACCUAAAAUCGGUGGUAAACUUUAUUUGAAUGUAGACCUCCUAAUAGACUUUGAUAAAUUCAUUACUAUUUAAAUUGAAAGGAUGGUUUAAGAUUGUAGGUGUAUCAGUGGCGAAACCCAGAAAGAUGAUUUCUAAGUGACAGAGUAUUCUCACUUACAUGCGGCAUCUUAUUUCCUCCUGCCAGUAAAGCUUCACUCAAGGGGAAGAAUAAGAAGACAUUAAAGUGCUGGGCACCUGACUCCCAGCCUGUGUCUCCACUCAAGAAAGAGGUCACCGAGUAGAGACAGCCCAGCCUCCCAGCCCAGUAGAGAGAAGUGAGAGGAAAAGAUAAGGGCAAGGAGAGGAAGCUACUAGAGAAUGUGUUCUACAAAAAUGAGGAUGUAAACCAAGAAAGAGGAAACCAUGGGAUCCAGGAAACGGGGGAACCAACACAGGAGAGAGACACAGGGAUUUCGCAAGAUGGUGUUAAAAAGAAGCCCCAGGACAACAGAAUGCGAUGAUCUCCGUGGGGACCCAGCGCUUGGCAAUCAAAGCGCCCCAGCCCACCAGGAGGCUCGUAAUUCAGUGGUAGAUGCAGGUGGCGUCGAAAGCCUCAGCCAGUGUCCCCAGCCGCUUCCUCAGAUGAUGGCUGCAGCAGCCGAUGGUUUGGGAAGCAUAACGAUAGACACGACCCAGCUCAACAUGUCGGUGACAGAUCCCACAGCCUGGGCCACUGCCAUGAAUAACUUGGGCAUGGUUCCCGUGGGGUUGCCUGGACAGCAGCUCGUGUCUGACUCGAUCUGUGUGCCAGGCUUUGAUCCGGGGCUCAACAUGAUGACUGGCAUCACCCCCAUUAACCCGAUGAUACCGGGCCUGGGGCUGGUGCCGCCCCCACCGCCCACAGAAGUGGCUGUUGUCAAAGAAAUAAUCCACUGCAAAAGUUGUACUCUUUUCCCUCAAAAUCCAAAUCUUCCACCUCCUUCCACACGAGAACGGCCUCCUGGGUGUAAGACUGUGUUUGUCGGGGGAUUACCAGAAAAUGCUACUGAGGAAAUUAUUCAAGAAGUCUUCGAGCAGUGCGGUGAUAUUACUGCAAUUCGGAAAAGCAAGAAGAAUUUUUGUCACAUUCGCUUUGCAGAGGAAUUCAUGGUUGAUAAAGCCAUUUACCUUUCCGGAUACCGAAUGCGGCUAGGGUCGAGCACGGACAAAAAGGAUUCGGGCCGCCUGCACGUGGACUUCGCCCAGGCCAGGGACGACUUCUACGAGUGGGAAUGCAAGCAGCGGAUGCGCGCCCGCGAAGAGCGGCACCGGCGCAAGCUGGAGGAGGACCGGCUGCGGCCGCCGUCGCCGCCAGCGAUAAUGCACUACUCGGAGCACGAGGCCGCGCUGCUGGCCGACAAGCUGAAAGAUGAUAGCAAGUUUUCAGAAGCUAUCACAGUGCUACUUUCCUGGAUUGAACGAGGGGAAGUGAACAGACGUUCUGCAAACCAGUUCUAUUCUAUGGUGCAGUCGGCCAACAGCCAUGUGCGCCGGCUGAUGAAUGAAAAAGCUGCCCAUGAGCAAGAGAUGGAGGAAGCCAAGGAGAAUUUUAAAAAUGCCUUAACCGGAAUCCUCACUCAAUUUGAGCAGAUUGUGGCCGUUUUCAACGCUUCUACCAGACAAAAAGCUUGGGACCAUUUCUCGAAAGCUCAGCGCAAGAACAUAGACAUUUGGCGAAAGCAUUCUGAGGAGCUCCGGAAUGCUCAGAGUGAGCAACUCAUGGGCAUCCGCCGCGAGGAAGAGAUGGAAAUGUCAGAUGAUGAGAACUGUGACAGCCCCACCAAGAAAAUGAGAGUCGAUGAAUCAGCCCUGGCUGCUCAAGCCUACGCUCUUAAAGAGGAGAAUGACAGUCUCCGUUGGCAGCUGGAUGCCUACAGGAACGAGGUGGAGCUGCUGAAACAGGAAAAGGAACAGCUUUUCCGAACAGAAGAAAAUGUCACCAAGGACCAGCAGCUCCAGUUCCUGCAGCAAACCAUGCAAGGCAUGCAGCAGCAAUUGCUGACCAUCCAGGAGGAGCUAAACAACAAGAAGUCUGAGCUGGAACAAGCCAAGGAAGAGCAGGCGCACACGCAAGCACUACUCAAAGUCCUCCAGGAACAAUUAAAAGGUACCAAGGAAUUGGUCGAGACCAAUGGCCACAGCCAUGAGGACACAAAUGAAAUCAAUGUGUUGACAGUUGCACUGGUCAACCAAGACCGAGAUAACAAUAUUGAGAAAAGAAGCCAAGGUUUAAAAUCAGAGAAAGAAGCUCUACUAAUCGGCAUCAUAUCAACAUUUCUUCAUGUCCAUCCGUUCGGAGCCAAUAUAGAGUAUCUUUGGUCAUACAUGCAGCAGCUGGAUUCCAAGAUAUCUGCAAACGAAAUCGAAAUGCUUUUAAUGAGGCUGCCACGCAUGUUUAAACAGGAAUUCACAGGUGUGGGAGCAACACUGGAAAAAAGGUGGAAGUUGUGUGCCUUUGAAGGAAUUAAAACUACCUAAUUGAAGAGCAAAAACAUCUCUGGAAAUGCAACUGCCUGAAGCCAGCCAGGGCUGUGCAGUGAGUGCGGGGCGUGGGGUUGGUCUGGCGCAGACCUCCGUGGAGCCAUCAGAGCCUGACUUUAGUUACAUCUGUGGUGUUCUCUUGUGAGUGGAAAUGUAAUUGUGCACCAGUUCCCUAACACAAGCAAAGCUUCAUACUGUGACAGAUCUGUGUCCUCUGAAAACCAAACAAUGCUUCCACAGCCAUAAUGAUGGCAAAAUCUUCAAACAUGCUACAUUUGAGAAUAGCUCACCAAGCAAAAUAUUUAAAGUUAAUGGUGGUAUAGCAAUGGUUGUUGCUAGGCUACAGACUUGUAUAUGUAAUGUAUAGCUGAAAUCAUCCGAUGACAUUUUCCUGAAAGUCUACCUUUCUGUUUUAGUAAAAAACAAAACCAAAACAAAAAAAAACAAAGUGAUUUUACAGUGAGAAAAAAUCAUACCAAAAGAAAACUUGAAUAUGUGUCUGAACAUAUAUUGUAUUUUGUAAAUUAAGUUAUAUUCUGUUCCAGGGACUUUUGCCUUAUUGCAGAGGCAGAAGAUGUGAUUGGACUCCUUGAGAAUGCUUUAUCAAGAACAUUAUUUUUCUAACGUAACACUUCUCCAUCACAAGUUCUUUUAACAUGGACUGCAUAACAAUUUUCACAAAAUUAAAUGAGGUAAAGCUAGUGUUACCGUAUUGUACUUGGUAUGUAAUAUUCAGGUUUAUGCCUCAAAGUAAACAUUCAGUAAAUAUUCCUGUUACAAAUUUUAUAGCAAAGAUGUUAAUUUUUUUCAAUAAAUAUGACUUCUACCAUA